UGCCGGCGGUGCGUUUCCGGUGGGGGUGCCGCGCCUAGAGAGGGCCCGGAAGUGGGUCGCGCGGAGAUUGCUGGGCUGUUCUUGCCGGAAGUGGAGAGCGGCUGAGCGCAGUCCGGAGGUGAGGCAGGAAACUCGGAGUGAAUGCAAUAUGGCUGACAUGCAAAAUCUAGUGGAAAGGUUGGAGAAGGUGGUGGGCCGUCUGGAGGCAGUAUCCCAUGCUUCUGAUGUGCACUGUGGACACGGAGACAGUCCUUCAAAAGGGGCAGCUCCAUUUGUACAGGCCUUUGACUCACUGCUUGCUGGUCCCGUGGCAGAAUACCUGAAGAUCAGUAAAGAAAUUGGGGGAGAUGUACAGAAACAUGCGGAGAUGGUCCACACGGGUCUGAAGUUGGAGCGCGCUCUCUUGGUUACAGCCUCUCAGUGCCAGAAGCCAGCAGGUAAUAAGUUUUCUGAUUUGUUGGCACCCAUCUCAGAGCAGAUCCAAGAAGUGUUAACCUUCCGGGAGAAGAACCGAGGCAGCAAGUUGUUCAACCACCUGUCAGCUGUCAGCGAAAGUAUCCAGGCCUUGGGUUGGGUGGCUAUGGCUCCCAAGCCUGGUCCCUACGUGAAGGAAAUGAAUGACGCGGCCAUGUUCUACACGAACCGAGUCCUCAAGGAGUACAAAGAUGUGGAUAAGAAGCAUGUGGAGUGGGUCAAAGCUUACUUGAGUAUAUGGACAGAGCUGCAGGCUUACAUUAAGGAGUUCCACACCACCGGACUGGUCUGGAGCAAAACGGGGCCUGUCGCAAAAGAACUGAGUGGCUUGCCAUCGGGACCCUCUGCUGGCUCAGGGCCUCCUCCCCCUCCACCAGGCCCACCUCCUCCUCCAGCCCCCACCAGUUCAGGCUCAGAUGAUUCUGCCUCCCGCUCAGCACUGUUUGCGCAGAUUAACCAGGGGGAGAGCAUCACACAUGCCCUGAAACACGUAUCUGAUGACAUGAAGACUCACAAGAACCCGGCUCUAAAGGCUCAGAGUGGCCCAGUGCGAAGUGGCCCCAAACCGUUCUCUGCACCUAAACCAGGAGUCAGCUCGUCCCCCAAACCAGCCACAAAGGAACCCCCUCUACUGGAACUGGAGGGCAAGAAGUGGAGAGUGGAAAAUCAGGAAAAUGUUUCCAACCUGGUGAUUGAAGACACAGAGCUGAAGCAGGUGUCAUACAUCUACAAGUGUGUCAACUCCACAUUGCAAAUCAAGGGCAAAAUUAACUCCAUUACAGUGGAUAACUGUAAGAAACUUGGUCUGGUAUUUGAUGACGUGGUGGGCAUUGUGGAGAUAAUCAAUAGUCGGGAUGUCAAAGUUCAGGUAAUGGGUAAAGUGCCAACCAUUUCUAUCAACAAAACAGAUGGCUGCCAUGUUUACCUGAGCAAGAAUUCCCUGGACUGUGAAAUAGUCAGUGCCAAAUCUUCUGAGAUGAAUGUUCUCAUUCCCACAGAAGGCGGCGACUUUAAUGAGUUCCCAGUCCCUGAGCAGUUCAAAACCCUGUGGAACGGGCAGAAGUUGGUCACCACAGUGACAGAAAUUGCUGGAUAAGCGAAGUGCCAUGGGGUUCUCUGCCCUCUCCCUCCACACCAUGGGAUAAAUAUGUAUCAUGACGGUUCUUUUCUAGAUUUCCUCUACCUUUCUGCUCUUAAGCUGCUUCUCUGCUCGGAGAAGCACAGCUACCUGCCUUCACUGAAAUAUACCUCGGGCUGAGAUUUGGGCUGGGAUAGCAGGCAGUUUAUCUUCUGCAGGAAGGGCAGCUUUUCCAUAUCCGCUCAACCACACCUCCAGUCCAUUCUUAAGGAACUGCAGACCAGGACCGGUGCGUUUCAGCAUUCAGCCUUUGGGGUGUUAUUCAAGCACCAGUCCUUUGGGAAGAAUGAAGGAGUCCCCCCAGGAGUUAACAGAGCAGACUGUUCACCCAAGUUAAUCUUUUCCUAACAGUGAGCAUAAAGGUAACAGAGGCUGGUGUGAUUCUGGCUGGCGAUUCUAGUUCUUUUAACCAAACUAAUUUUCUAUUGUCGAUAGUUGAGGCAAAGGUUGCACUGGACCAAAGGCUGAAGCUUGGCCAUCUAUCAUUCCAAGCAAAACGAUUUCCUAGAAGCAUUCCUUUAUUCUGCAUUCCAUCCCGGAUCCGCCUGAACCUGAGAUAUAGAUUCUCCUGUACCAGCUACUGGGGCAGUGCCCUGUACCCAGGCCAGUUAAGAACCUUAGACACUUUCUCUCUCGGCCUCUCUGCCUAGCACCUUCCUACAGAGGUGACCUGAGGGGAGUGAGGGACGAAAACCACAAAACAUUUUUUAAAGG